UACUUCUUUGUGGUUAUAUGAAGUCCGAACCUUUGAAGACAGUGAUCAUUUCCUACAUAUAAAUAUCCCAACCACUAAUUUUUUUAAUACGACCCCGAUUUUGUCUUUCAUUAGUAGCACACAAAUCCACCAAUCGAAGCAUCUACACUGUAAGGAAUUAUCUUACAAGUAAAAGCUCUUCCAUUAUUCAAAAUUUCUGCUUAGAUACAUCUUGGCAUGGGAGUUGUGACUGUAUCUAGCUCUGCUGCAAGGACCCCACUUGGAUUAAGUGCAAGAUUCUCUUCUCAUCAAUCUCCAUUCAAAAGAAAGUCAAUAUUAGCAUUCAAAACAGAUAAACCCAAGAACACAACUUUAGUUUCUUCCAAAGAAUCUGCAAAUUUAUCUGUCGACAAAUCUAAAGAAAACCCAAAGAGACUUAGACGAAGUAAAAAGCCUUCAGAAAGAGUACAAGCUUUGUCCACUGUUGAAGCUCCUUCAUGCUCAUUAGAUUUGGAUUACAAUGAAGCUGCAGCUGAACUCGAUAGAUUAUACAAACUGAGUCCAAGUCCAACAACCAUUGACUCUGAUACCAAUGAUCAUGUGAAAAAAACUCCACGAAGAAAAAAGAAAAACUUUGAUACCAAUGAGAAGCUAAAAAACACAACCGUUGAUAUUGUAAGGGGGCACCAUAAAAAGUUGCAAAGGUUGACUCUUGAGAAAAGGAUUCAUCUGAAAAGUGAGAAAAACUCAACAUUAAUUACAUCAAAUUUGAAAAGAAAACAAGGAAAGGUGAAUGAAGAUGAAAAGAUCAACAGACUGGUUAAAGACUACACAGCCUCUACAGAUUUAGGAAGUUUAGAUUGGAAGAAAAUGAAAAUCCCACCGGUUCUUCCUUCUUCAGAACACACUCGACUCUUUAAGUUAUUACAAACAAUGAAGGCAAUCAUUGGAGUGAGAGAAGAGUUGGAGAAAACUUUGGAAAGAGAACCAACAGAUGGAGAGUUAGCAGAGGCUACAAACAUGAACGUGUCACAACUAAGAAAACAAAUUGGAAUCGGUCAAGCAGCUAGAAAUAAACUAAUAAAGCAUAAUCUUCGACUGGUUUUGUUUGUGAUGAACAAAUAUUUUCAAGAGUUUGCAAAUGGAAGAAAUUUCCAAGACUUUUGCCAAGCAGGAGUAAAGGGUUUGAUCACAGCCGUUGAUCGCUUUGAACCUGGAAGAAAACUACAACUUUCAACAUAUGCUUUGUUUUGGAUUCGACAUGCUAUCAUACGUUCUAUGACACUUUCAAGUUUCUUUAAAGUACCUUUUGGCCUUGAAUCGGUUAGAAUAGAGAUACAAAAGGCAAAAAAGAAGCUAUGGUUUGAACUUAUGAGAACUCCAACAGACGAAGAGAUAGCAAAGAAAGCUGGAAUUUCACUUCAGAGAUACCGUGAAGUGACAAAAGUAUCAAAACCCAUUCUCUCUCUAAACAGAAGAAAUUCAGUUACACAAGAAGAAUUUAUUAACACGAUUGAGGAUAAUGAUGGUGUUGGUGAUGAUGAGAGGCGCCAAACUGCUCUUCUCAGGCUUGCCCUCGAUGAUGUGCUUGAUUCAUUGAAGCCGAAGGAGAGCUUGGUGAUAAGACAAAGAUAUGGAUUGGAUGGAAAAGGGAAUAGAACACUGGGAGAGAUUGCGGGUAAUUUGAAUAUAUCAAGAGAAAUGGUUAGGAAGCAUGAAGUGAAGGCUCUGAUGAAGCUCAAACAUCCAGCUCGAGUUGAAUAUCUACGCCACUAUCUCUUAUGAAGGAUUCCUUUUCUACAUGAAUAUAAAAAUUGUGUGUAUACGAAUGACAACACCUGUAUCAUAGUUAUGAGCUAAAAAUACAUAAAACAACACUCGUACAUUGUAGUUUCAUUACACUAUAGUAAAGAGAAUUCUGAUUAUAAGGA